ACACACUGCGUUUUUGACCCAGAUGGCCUUCCAUAAUCAAAGUAAAUCGAAGUCUGAAGAAAUGGUGUCCUAGAUAUCAUAGAGCUCGCCGCUGCCAACUAGCACGAUGUCACAGCGCAUUUGCCAUCUUAGUAAAGGAAGGAUUUGCACAUUAUGAAUAGAUCUUAGAGAACAACAUUUUUUUAGACAGAAAAAAACCCGACAAUCCUCUAAAAUUAAAAAUGUACCUUUAAAAAAAAAAACAUCUGCCCAUUUCUUACCUCCAGAUUGCCCUGAACUGAAACGUGAAACCUCUAGAUCUGGAGGGAAAACCUCUGAUCUGGUAACAAUGGCGACCACCUAGGUUACAGCCGAUGCAGGACUGGUUUGUAGGAAGUUACCAGUUUGUUUCAGUUUCCGUUUCGAAGGGAGAACAACGAGACAGAGAGAGAGAGUGAGUUAAAUAAACCAAACUGUGGUCUCUCUAUUUGCACCUGAACAUUUUUAUGUAACGAGAGUUUAAUUUCUUCGUCUUUUUUGUUUUAGAAGAAAAAAAUAAAUAAACGUUUACGAAAUUGCAGUGUUCCAUUCUUAUUUUGCCUGUUUGGUGAACCUCGUUUCGAGAACUCCCCGGUUUGGAAAUAGGAUUUGCUGGAUGUUUUGAGUGAAAAGAAAGGACAGUAUCGUGUGGCAGGUAAAGUGAGAUGGGGGACCUUUAUGAUCCAGAGCAUCCAACAGAAUCCAAAAUGGAUAAUGGCAGUGAACUCAAACCACCUGAUAGCAAAAAGAUACAUUUUUGUAAUACUUGCAAGGUGACGUGUACAAGCGAUUCUGAUUUAAAGCAUCAUAAGGCGGGUCGUAAACACCAUUUGAAAGCGAAACCCUGGAAGGGCUUCCUGAGGCGGAAGGCUGGUGAAUUUCCCCACCGCACCCCCCACACCCCUCUGCAAAAUUUGAGUACCCUGGAGCAGUUUCUUCAAAUUAGGCAUCCGCACGAGCCUAUUAUUGGUCUGCAGUAUGUUCUUGAGUUCCUCAACCCCAAUAAUGAGUUCCCUCCACACUACUUAUGCAAGCUGUGUAAAGUCAAAGGAAGCGUGAACGUCCUUGCUGAUCACAUCAUUAGUACGAAACAUCGCAGCAAAUAUCUGAAAAAAAAACCUGAUGAUAUGAUCCCUGAGAAUGAUUUGGGAGAUGUAAAACUGAACAAGAAAAUAGGAAUGAAGGCAAAGCUUCUUGAGCAGUUGGAAGGAAGGGGUGUAAUGAAGGUGAUAAUGUCAAGUCGAGGUCCACCUUAUAACAAUUCAAACACUGAAUCAGGUGAGAGAUUUCCUCAUGGUGGCCCAGGUGGAUUGCACCCCAAUGAUUUUCCCCCUGGAAUGCACCCCAAUGAUUUUCCCCCAGGAAUGCCCCAUGAAGAUUUUUCUGCUGGCAUGUCCCGAGAUGAUAUUCCUGGGAUGCACCCUGAUGCUUAUCCAAGGAGAAGGUACCCGGAUUGCCCGGGAAGAUAUCCUGAUGAAUUUCCUAGUGGAAGUUUCCGUGAAGGCAGCCCUCUUAGAGGGGAGAGGAUGAGACCGGAAAUGAACGACUUUGAAGCUGGAGUAAGAAGUGAAUUUGAAACACUCAUCAGAAGACAAGGAUUAGAUCAAAUGGUUCCAAUGGAUGGUAACCAAGCCUACAAGAGAACUCCUGAAGGGAGCUCCACAUGUUCUCCAGUCUUUGAAAUUCUGGAAAAUUUCCAUAUAGAAACUGAGAGUGAUGCACAGAUGGUUCUGAAGAUCACACAGAAGCUGACUGACAUACUGAUGGAGUAUCGGCUGAGAAGUUUUGCAUCACCUAAAAGCAAUGAUCAGCCCUCUGGUCCUCAGGAAUAUUCUCAGAUGAGACUGUCUGGGAGAGAUGGCUACCAAGGUCCAUCCAGAUAUCCUGAUGAAUUCUCACCAGCUUCCAGGAACACAUCAGGGAGGAGCUGAAACCAAGUCCCUGUUCUGAACGGACAGAAUCAUAAACGCCCUGUUCUACUGCAGUGAAAGCUCUUUUCCCAAGAAUUCACAUGGAUUUGAGUUAUUCCAAGUAAAGGCAAUGAAGAAGUGACUACCAGGGAAUGAAGUCUGACACCUUUUUAAACAACGUUUUUUGUAUUUGUUUAAAAUAGCACCCGGGCAUUAUUUUAUCAAUCUUCUCGAUACCUGGGCAGUUAAGAUAAGGGUACCUAUUAGAGAGUAGGUGCUAAUUGGCCACUGUGACAUCAAUGCAGCACCACUUGGGUUAUCUAUCUAUCUCUCUGUGGAAUGGAGAGGAGGUGUAUAGUGGAAAACUAUGGCCCCUGAGGGAAGAACUAUAGUUACCAAAAGGGGGCUAUAAUGCCCGAAGCCGCAGGCAUUGUCCCCUGGAGGCAACUAUAAUUCUUCCCUAGGGGCCUUUAGAUUCCCAUUAUGAGCCAAGAUCUGCAGUUCAUAUUUGUUUUAUGUAUCAGUCAAGAAAGCAAUGUUUUUGAAGUCCAUCGUGCAUUGUUAUUAAAGUUUUUUUAGCAUAGAAA